AUGACGACGGCCAAUCUGAUCGACGUUCGCGAAAAGAUCGAGAAGACGCUCAAAGAGAAUUGCUCUCACCACAUUGCGCGCAAAUGUCAAGGAAAUGUUGUGUGCGAAGCGUUGGAUCCGAAACAAUAUGGGACCAUGCAGAUGGGCAAGGAUGACCAGCAGACUUUCGCCAAGCCAUGUCAUGAACGCAUCGCCGUUGGCCAUCCCGGACCUGACUCCGUGCCGAGGUGGUAG